UUCUCUAGUAUGGCGGCCGUUUUCGCCAGGCGUCUCUCCCAGUGGAGCACUUUCAGAUUUAGGUUUCCUUAUGUUCAGAUGCACACAACUGGUGCAUUAAUGGGAGCAUCAGUGGAGGACUUCAGUCAUGCUAAAAAUCAACUUGGCACACUAAAAAAGGACCCUGGUAAUGAGGUCAAACUUAAGAUCUAUGCCCUUUUUAAACAGGCCACACAAGGACCCUGCAGUACCCCAAAACCAGGAAUGCUGGAUUUUGUAAAUAAAGCAAAGUGGGAUGCAUGGAAAUCUCUGGGUGUGUUAACACAGGAGGAUGCCAGGCAGCAGUAUGUGGACCUGAUCUCGUCUUUGGUGGCUGCAGAGGUUCCUGCAGUAGCACCUUCACCUACAGGAGGUGCAAAGGCAUUCCAGACACUGCUGGUCACUACAGAGGAUAACAUCACCACCAUUCGACUUAACAGACCAGAGAAAAAGAAUGCCAUAACUGUUGAGAUGUAUAAUGAGCUGAUGGAAGCACUGGCUCUUGCUGGAAAAGAUAACUCUGUCAUCACAGUUCUCACAGGAAGUGGAGACUUCUACUGCAGUGGCAAUGACCUGAACAACUUUACCAAAAUUCCAGAGGGUGGUAUUGAGAAGAUGGCUAAGGAUGCUGGAGAAUUACUAAGGAAGUAUGUAAAAGCCUACAUUGACUUCCCAAAGCCUCUGAUUGCUGUCGUAAAUGGACCAGCUGUGGGAGUUUCUGUCACUGUACUCGGACUUUUUGAUGUCAUCUAUGCUACACAGAACGCAACAUUUUACACGCCCUUUAGCAAUCUGGGACAGAGUCCCGAAGGCUGCUCCUCAUAUACCUUCCCUCAGAUUAUGGGACGUGCUAAGGCCAGUGAGAUGCUGCUGUUUAAUAAAAAGCUGACGGCUGCACAAGCGUGUGAACUGGGACUGGUAACUGAAGUUUUUCCUGAUAGCAGUUUUCAGUCAGAGGUCUGGACCAGGCUAAAGGCCUAUGCUAAACUGCCCCCGAAUUCUCUAGCUUUUUCCAAGCAGCUGAUGCGGCAGGUGGAUAAAGAAAAACUUCACGCCGUGAACGAUGCUGAGGUGGAGAGACUGAUGGAGCGCUGGCUCUCUGAUGAGUGCAUGCAGGCCAUCAUGAGCUUCUUUCAAGCCAAGUCAAAAUUAUAAAGAGAAACAUCUAAGCUAAGUAAAGAAUAACCAUAGGUGACUAACCUAAAUUACAAAUGUGUUAAAAAACAAGGUAGGUUACUAAUGCACUUUGCAACUUCCAACUGUUUGCUGUGAUUAAAAAGAAGAAUGUUGUAUAAACAAGCUCAAGUGUUCAAGAGCUCUAUGUUCAAAGAGAUGUUUUUUUAACCCAAAACUGUUGACGUAAACAAUAAUGAAUGAAAGCCAGCCUUAAUAAAGCUGACAUGUGGUUGCUUAGCAAAAAUUGUGGAGUCACCACAUGUGAAGGAUGAUCACCCAGCUUUUUUACUUCAGAGCAAACAAACAAAUACAGAUAUGUCUCAAAGCAUUUUUGGUUUGAUAGCUGAACAUCUGGCUUUGUAUCUUCAGAGCCUUUAGGCUUUCAUCAAAGGGGCAAGUACUAACUGACCUUGUUUUAAUUUGUUUUGUACAUUUGUUUGUUUGAGGUUUGUUUCAUGAAGCCACCGCGUUUAGCUAUGAACCAAAUAUAGAUGGCUUUUAAAAAAUUUUUUAUGAACAUAUAACAUAUCCAUGAUGUACAUUUUUGCUAUUUGAGAUUUUGUUCAUAACCUGUAAUAAAUUACAUAUAAUUUAUUACAAAAACAUUAAAAAAAGCAUCACAUUUUCAUUUGUUAGUAUGUACAAAAUAGAAUGGUAAAUCUUUGUACUUUUGUCAGUUAAAUAAAGAUUCAAAAUAAC